GCUGUGCUGUGCUAGCUAGGCGGCUAGUUUGUGUACCGCUGAUCGCCUCCUCCUGUUGUUGCCUGAGGGAUUUUUUGUAGAUAUUUCCCGUGAACUUCUCCGGAUAACCGCCAACCCUCCUCGGGGCUUUUCAGCGACCGCGUCGAGCCGCCGUCAUGGCUCUGCAAGGCCCGGAGGAGCUGGGGGAGCAGGUCGAGGAGCCGGAGGAUCUGGACGACCAGGACGCUAGUAGCAUCUCCCCGGCGGAGGAGAUAACUCUUCCCCCCGGGCCCGGAGGCGACGACGAGCCGGAGGAGGCUCUUUUACUACCCUGGGACCGCUUCUCUACCUGGCUGCACUGCAUCUGCGUGGUGGGCUUUGACCUGGAGCUGGGUCAGGCUGUGGAGGUGAUUUAUCCCCAUCAUUCCAAACUGUCAGAGAAAGAGAAAACAAGCAUCUGCUACCUUUCUUUUCCUGACUCUAACUCAGGUUGUCUUGGCGACACCCAGUUCUGCUUCCGCUUCCGUCAGGGCUCAAACAGGAAGUCGUCCCUCGGCUGCUUCCUUGAAAACACAGACCGUGAUGCUCCGCCCUGUCUGAAGAGAGACCCGGGACAUUACUACGGUUACGUGUACUUCCGUCAGGUUCGAGACAAAUCCCUCAAGAGAGGAUACUUCCAGAAGUCUCUGGUCCUGAUCAGUAAGCUGCCUUACGUGACCUUCUUCCACUCCCUGCUGAAGAUCAUGGCUCCAGAAUAUUUUGAGAAACAGGAGCCGUGUUUGGAGGCCGCGUGUAAUGACAUAGACCGCUGGCCGACGCCCCAUCCUGGACGAAUCCUCACGCUGCCUAUAAUGGGUGUGGUCAUCAAGGUUCGAAUCCCGACCUGUUACGAUAAACCAGGAACCUCACAGCUCGUCCAGUCCACACAGACUGACAGUCAGGUAUCCAUCGUGCUCCCAACCAUCCAUGAAGUCGACCUUUUCAGAUGUUUCUACCCGGUCUUCUUCCACAUCCAGAUGUUGUGGGAGUUGGUGCUGCUAGGGGAGGCCCUCGUGGUCAUGGCGCCGUCGCCAGCAGAGUCUUCGGAUACCGUGUUGGCGUUAGUCAGCUGUAUCUCUCCGCUGCGUUACUGCAGUGACUUCCGGCCGUACUUCACCAUCCACGACAGCGAGUUUAAGGAGUACACGACGAGGACGCAGGCGCCGCCAUCAGUCAUUCUGGGAGUCACCAAUCCUUUCUUUGCUAAAACGCUGCAGCACUGGCCGCACAUCAUCCGCAUCGGAGACAUGAAGCAAGCAGGAGAGAUGGCGAAGCAGAUGAAAGUCAAGAAACUGAAAAACCUCAAAACUCUCGACUCUAAACCCGGUGUGUACACUGCGUACAAGCCGUAUCUGAACAAAGAUGAAGAAAUCAUCAAACAGCUCCAGAAGGGUGUUCAACAGAAGAGACCCUCACCGGCUCAAAAUGCAAUUCUCCGACGCUACUUCUUAGAACUGACACAGAGCUUCAUCAUCCCGCUGGAGCGGUACGUGGCGAGUCUGAUGCCUCUGCAGAAGUCCAUAAGUCCGUGGAAAGCUCCUCCUCAGCUCAGACCGUUCAUCCAGCAAGACUUCAUGAAGACGUUAGAGAAAGCCGGACCUCAGCUCACAUCCAGACUGAAGGGAGACUGGAUAGGACUCUACAGGCAUUUCCUCAAGUCUCCAAACUUUGAUGGCUGGUUCCGCAGCAGGAGGAGAGAGAUGACGCAGAAACUGGAGGCUCUGCAUCUGGAGGCGCUGUGUGAGGAGGAUCUGCAGCAGAGGAUCCAGAAACACUCGGAGGUGGAGACGGUCGAUCUGGUGCUGAAGCUCAAAGAUAAACUGAAUCAGGCGGAGAGGGAGCAGCUCCCGGUGCGUCCAGGGACGGUGGCCAAACUGAGAGCUCACAUCGAGGCCGUCAUCCUGUCAUUACCAGAGGACCUUCAGGGGAUCCUCCACAAACCCUCCACACCCUGAACCUUACCCCCCUGCAGUCUGAACCCCAGGUUGAGCUUGUUUUAAAGUUUGGGGGGCCUGUUGGUUUGUUCGCAGAUGCGGAAGUGUCCGUGGAUUUCAGGGCCCCUCUUUGGUCGGUCACAGGAAGCACAUUUUUAUUUCCUUACGUGUACUUAUUUUUUACUUUUCCCUCCAAACACGGCUACUGCGGCUGCCGUCAAGACUCAGCAGUGAGUCUGGAAACAAGCAGCUGGACCCAGUCGAAGAUUCUCCUGUGAAGAGGAGCUGAAAUGGCAUUCAGCUGCUGAGAGGAAGAGACAGAGAAAUCAAGAAAAAAAAAGACCCAUUAUGCUUCGCCUCUUUUUCCGUACAGCUGACUAACAGGUUUAUCGGCUCGUGUGGAAGCUGCAGCUUUGGAGCAGGACGAUGAACUCCACGACGUUUGGCGUUUGUACCUCCUGACAUUUUUAGUUGUAUUUUUUUUAACUUGAAGAAGAAAUGCUGCAGUCCUGCAGAGUUUUUCAUUGUUUUUUUUUUGUUUGUUUGUUUGUUUUUUAUUAGAACUGUUUUUAAAGAAGUGCACUUCAUCUCUCACUGGACCAGAGUGCCCUUCAUAUAAACACAGACUCACUAAUAUGCAAACAAACUGAACCGUUCAGAGCCAAGCAGUGCUUUAUUAACUAAAGAAUCCACUAAAAACAGUAGAAAACACACAAUAACACACACAGCAUUAAGCACCAGCAACCCUGAAAUAAUCCGUAACUGUAUGUAAAGAUGGACAACACAUCUCCUCUAACCCCUGUUGUACAGAAGUGAAGCAGAAAUAUCCUAGACCAGCAGCAGGCUGAUUCAAAUCUAAGCAAACAUUUUAAUUUUAGUAACACAAAACACAAGCCACGUGUUCCUGACAUGUCCAUAAACCAGAUUAAGUCCGUUAGCCAAGUUAGUGCAGUUUGUUUGUUCUGGUUUGAAAGGUCUCAGUCAAAGCCUGCUGGGGACCAAUCAGGUCAGAGUACUUUCUGGCAGAUCCUUUUCCUGGUUGAAACCAAAGGGGAAAAACGGGAGAAACUCUCGUUAUUACGAUUUUUGAUUUUGACCAAAAAUGGAAAAAAACGAAAAAAAAAGAGCAAUUUUUCUGUUUUAUUCUAAAAAUAGGAAAAACGGAAAAAAAACCUGAGCUGUUAUUGAGUUGUUCCAUUCUUGACCAAAAAUGAAGAAAUGGAAAAACAAGCCGUUUUUCUGUUUUUUUCAUUUUGGUCAUAGAAACAGAAAAAUGAAAGACAACAUUUUACUGGGCUUCUCUGAGAGGUCAGAAAUUA